AUGUGUUUCCGAUGCUGUUGUUGUUGCUGCAAAACUUCACUCUGCCUCCUGCUGACCUCAAUCCUCUUGGUGGUCGUUGUGAUCGUCCUUAUACACCCGGCGUUCCUCAACGUGGAAGAUGUCAUCGAGUUCGAAGAGGAUUACGCUUUCCGGGAGAGCGGAGGCUCCGGGACGAGUACGCGCGCUAACGAGAUGGUCGACAGACUGAUUUUUGUGAUGAAAAGAAGUGCAAUAAUUUCACCGCAACUUAACAAUAUCACGGUCGAGAGAAGAUUGGAUACCAAGCACGGAUCACUCGAGGAUCUCAAUAUAAGAGGAUUGAUCGCAGGUAUGCAUCGAUCGGGGGACGCCGUCCUUUCUGCGGCGAAUGCCCGUUUUUUUCUCGCGAUGCCAAUAACCCUCAAGAACAUAACGAUUCGGGGCGUUCAUCAAAGGGAGUCACCCGUCGGUUCGCUACAAGCUACAGGAGUUGCUCGUGUGGACAUGGUUUCGACACGGUUCAGAGUCUCACUAAGCGCCAAAGGAAUGCACCUCGACGAUUUUAGGAUAACAAGGAUGGGGCGAAUUCGCAUGAAAGAAUUGGAUUUCCUGCCCGGUUUGGACUGGAUAUUCUCGUGGAUUGGCGAGACUACAAUAAAUCAGCGGCGAGCUGAACUAGUCGGCCCGUUAGAAGAAGCUGGCAGACGCGUUUUCCAAAAAGCCCUCGGCACUGUGACGCAAGACAAGAUUGCGGAAUUUAUCGCCGAGAGAACCAAUAGAUUCAGGAUGCUCGGCUGAAUGGAGAUUAGGAAGAAUUCCUCACAGAUGAUACCAAGAAUCAUUAGGGGAAAUCGUCUCCCAUUGAGGAUUACAGAAAGUUAACUAAUAUAUGUAUAUGUUCUACCGUGGAACCACCUCGAUAAGUCUCUCUCGCAACGAUUGCUCCUCAUCGAGAGGACUAGAAUCGAAAACCCGCCAGAUGAUGUGUUGCGAUCACUGAUCCAAAACUCGAUCGACUCACAACGCGGGUCGAGCAAGACGAUCCGGUGACUUCUUCACCGAUAACAGGAAGACUCAAUAUAUAGAGACGUUGCGAUCCUGCAAACUCGUUCCUUGUGAUAUCAAACUAUCAUUUAUAUAUUCUCGGAAGGCAUGGCACACGGUGAAACAGUUGAAAAGUAUUGUCAGAGGACCGUUCCGUUCGCAUACAUGCAUGUUAUAUAUUCAGGAAUCGCGAUACCUCCCGGGUACAAUGUAAUAAACUGUG